AUGGAAGCAGAGAGCAUAUUGGAGGGUCAUCUACUGGGUCAGAGUAUCGAAGAGGUGCUUGAGAGGCACUCGAGAAUCAGGGAUAAAUACUCACGUCCUCCUGCGGAAACCGACAAGUUGUAUAAAUCGGACUUUGUUCAGAAAACAUCAGCAACGUCAGACAAGUGCAAGGACAACUGUAGCGAUGCUGCUCUGAAAACGCGCGAGGCUCGAGACCCAAAAGAUGACGACCCCAAGGUUCAUUAUGGGCUUAUAGCUAGCGCAAACCAACUGAUGAAGGAUGCAAAUCUUCGUGAUCAACUGAUCGUGGAACAGGGAGUCUUGUGUUUUGAAAUGGAAGCAGCUGGUUUAAUGAACUAUUUCCCAUGUAUUGUUAUACGAGGAAUCUGUGACCACUCUGACUCACACAAGAACGACGAGUGGCAGGGGUUUGCAGCAAUGGCUGCAGUGGCUUAUGCGAAGAAUCUACUUGGGUAUAUCCCUGUGAGCAAGAUUGAGAAGGAGGACCCCUUGAUCAAGGCCUUGCACGGAAGCAACCUCGAGAAUAUGAGCAGCACUAUCAAGGAUACCAAGGAGACUGUGAGCUCCAUUCAGAGAGAAAAGCGACACUCGGACAUAGAACACUGGCUCAAGCCACCAAGGUACUCGACAAAUGUGGUCAAGGCCAGCAAGCGCCGUCAUGUUGGUUCUGGUCUGUGGUUCAUCCACAGUCCGGCUUUCCAGGAGAUCAAGACAGGCUCACGAAAGCAUCUAUGGCUCCAUGGAUUGGCUAGUUGCGGGAAAACGGUACUAAGCUCCCGAAUCUUCGAUUAUCUCAGUGAUACAAGUGGCAUAGCUACACUAGCACACUACUUCGACUUCAACGAUGUCGGGAAACAAUCUCUCGAUGGCCUUCUUCGAGACGGCAAGGGCGAGGACCGCCAUAAAUCUGCUCUGUGUGCUGCAUCUGAAUAUGGCCACUUGGAGAUCGCACAAGAUCUACUCAAGGCUGGGCAUGACGAUGAAAUACACAAUUCUGUUCAACUCGCUCUCGAGAAUGGUCAUACCACGAUAGUCGAGCUCCUCAUUAAAGGGCCUGCAAAGUUAGGCCUAUAA